CCAAUCAAAAGAAGCGACACAGUUUUCGAAUGUGGAUGUUGCCAGUGUUGAUGUGUGUGAUUUCCGCUUCGGGACAGGAUUAAUAUAAUCUAACAAAAUGGAACAAAUGUUGAAGAAUAUAGAUGAUAUGAAAUAUAGUGAAUUGCAAAAGAUAGCUAAAGGUGUUGGCAUAAAAGCCAAUGUAAAGAUUGACAAGCUCCAGAAGGCUUUAAGAGAAUACUACACUCAGCAAGCUGAACCUGGAGACGCCAAGACCAAAAAUGAUCAACAGAGACAAGAAGAAAGUGUAACUAGUGACAGUAUGGACACAGAUGAAGUGGAGACGAAGCAGGCCGGGCGUGUCACCAAGAAGGCCAAGAGACGAGGGAGGGGGAAGAAGGCAGCCAAGAAGACUGUAGAGGAGGACCCCAAGCCUGAAGUCAAGCUGUGUGGAACUCCUGUAGCUGCAGUCAAGGCAGGGUCCAGGAAGACCACACCUCGUACUCCGGUACCCCCCAAGGUAGAGGCUCAGGUCAGGCCAUCACCCAUGACUCCUCAGAUGAAGGCUGUUACGAACCUCAAGCAGGCCAAAACACCUAUGUCGCAGAAAAGGAAACGGUCAGGGUCUUUGCCCAAACCACAGGCUGACCGUAAACCAUCUACACCUGUAGCUGAGCCUAGCAACAAGAGAAUUCGCAGAAGCACAUUUGAGAAGAAGGAUGACAUGAACUUGACCCCAUCCUCCCCGGGGGUGAAGGACACAAGUCCAGGCGUGAAGGCCAUCCUUGGGGUGAUGAAGCCAGAGAUGAACAGUGCUGAGCGGAAGGCUACUUUACUCCAGGCACUAGACGAGAAGGUGCAAAAAGCCAAGAAAACUGGCACCCCUACUCGAGGGGAGGAGAAGCCACCUUGCAGUACGCAGAUCCCAAGGUUUGCUGCAUUCCUGGCCAAGAAGAAGCAGGAAUCUCAGAAGGCCAUAACUCCUGGUAACAAGGAUUGGACCCGAGUCCAUCAGAAGGAGUUCGACAGAUUUGACUCUAUUGAUGUGUACUUAGAGAAGAAGAGACAGAGAACAAAGUCUAUCACAAAGUCGGUUACCAAGGUCAACCAGAUUCUGGAGGAGUCCAAGAAGACCAUCAACAGUCUGAGAAACCAGAAAACACCAAACAAUGAAAACAAGUUGAAGCCCAAACCAACGACAGAUGCCAAGACCAAUCUGUUCAAGUCCCCAUCGGGGCCUACUCCUUUCAAGCCAACUGUGUUUAAGACCAAAAACAUUAAUACCAAUUUUGGUGCCAAGACACCCAACUCCAACCCAGGAGGUAAGACUCCAGUCACACAGGGGGCUGGCAAGAAGACGACACCUAAAGCGGGAGGCACAGUUGAGAGGAAGCCUGAGAGAAAGUCACUGGGAGUCGUGUCCACCAAGAAGACAACUGGAGUCACUCCUUUCAAGUUCACUGGUUCUCUGAACACCACCAUGCCUGAUGGCAAGUCGUCCAAGAAGGCCAGCUUUGAUUUGAAAGCCAGUCUAGCCAGGCCAGUAACAUGGAGGGCCCACAAGGGCAAGCUGAAGCCAGUAGGGGAUACUUCCUAUGCCGGACAACUCAACUCAGGGAUGAAAGCUCCAAAAGUUGCCUCUAGAGACGACAGACGAGCAGCCAUGGCACAACACAGAGCCAACAAGAAGUUCAGUAGCCAGAUGCAUAGACGAGGGAUCAACACCUAAGUACAGGAUCUCAGCUCAUCCAUCACGAACAUCAAGUCACCAUACAAUGUCAGCUGGCUGGUCAGAGGGCAACUCAAGCGGCUUCCCUCACAAGUGCUAACAUAGAUCAUCUUCUGUCUGUCACAAGCACAUCCUCUCGAGCUCUUCAUCGUCAUAUCUAUGUCAGGCAUGCACAUCUUACAUAUAUACUACUCAAGGGAAGUUAAGAAACCCCCAUGUUUUCAUAUGACUAUAGUUAAUCUGCCAUGACUGAUUAACUAUAGUCAUAUGAAAAAAGUGGGUGUUCUUUAACUUCUGUUGAGUGGUAGACAUUCACCUUCAUACUCUCACAACAACCUAACAUGUCUUAACAUUCAUUCAACAUACGUUAUCUCUGUACACCCAGUCAUACAUCUCUAUGUAUAUACUUAGCCUCUGCAUACAGGACACUCUGUGACAUAACUAUCUUAUCACAUCAUAUUCAGCUCCAUUCCUAUCUAUAUCUGAAUCUGUAGAUCAGAAGCAUGGUGUAAUAUAGGCAUGUAUUCGCUGCCUUGUAUAUAGGCACUUUCUUGUUUUAGUCCUCGAUAUUGUCUCACGUGUGACUGCUGUAACAGAAGCAUUUUCUACAUCUUAUGCAGCUUGACAGUUGACAUCUUCUGGCAGACUAGUUCUUGCCAUAUACAGGUCUUUUCUCUGUGCCUCACUACAUUAUACAGUCAAACACUGUUGUGUUGAAGUUAUCCGAGGUUCGACACACUCGAAAAAUUAUGAAUGAAGAAGGAAUAUGCAGGGACCAAGCUUUUACCACGAGACAGCGGAAAGUUCGACACAACAGUGUUUGACUACUACUCAAAAACAUUUAGGACCACCUGAUUCUUUCAAAUAUACUUCUUCAAAGUAUUUGUGUUCUGUCAAACAUGUCCAUAACUUUUUCGUUAAUCUUUGGUGCAAGUCUGUUUGUGAUAGGUCAUUGUCAUUAAUUCAAAGACAGAACUGCUCUGGUUCGGUUUAAACCGGAAGAGGUUCACAGUUCUCCUUCCAAGAACCCCAGGCUCCUCAACAGGCAUGGCCAGGGUCUGAUAGUCUGAAAUCGGUGGGAAAUUGUAAGGAUAUGUAGUUAGCAUACUGAAGCUAAUGAAAUGAAUUGCUGAAUUAUGUUAAAUAUUUCUUCCCUGACACAUAUUAUUCUACUUCAUUGUGCAAUAGUUUCUUUUGUUAUAUAUGUAGUGAAAGUUUUUCUAAAAGCCAUCAUUCAGAAAGAAGACACUGUUGGAAUUCAACACUUCACAUCUAUUCAUCCUAAGUAAAGUAAUGUAAUGAAAGAAGUAAAGUAAUGUGUACAUCAUUUGUAGCUAAUGUCAAGUCUUAGUAUCUUCAGAUUUUGGCCCCUACUGCUACUAUAUAUUAUCAACAACUCCAAAUAUUUUUUUUUACCCAUCUCAUCAUUCCUAAAAACUGAUUGCUGACUUUAAGUCAAAGUACUUGCUUGGACACUUUAUAGAGCGCCCAGCUCACUUCACAGGAUGCAUAGGAUAACCACCUUUCAAGAAUUAUAUUUGGGUGAAACAAGUGAAAAGAAACCUAUCUACAAAACUCUGCACAGUAGCCCACAAUUGAUGCCCAUUUGUGUUUCUACUCAAAAGAAGUUAAGGACCACCCUAUUCUUUCAUAUGGGGCGGUCGGGUAGCCUAGUGGUUAAAGCGUUCGCUCGUUACGCAGAAGACCCGGGUUCGAUUCCCGACAUGGGUACAAUGUGUGAAGCCCAUUUCUGGUGUCCCCCGCCGUGAUAUUGCUGGAAUAUUGCUAAAAGCGGCAUUAAACCAUACUCACUCACUCACUCACUCACUAUUCUUUCAUAUUAGUAUUGUUACUCAGUCAUACUACAACAGAUAGUAAUAUGAAAGGGGUCCUUAACUUCUUUUUAGCAUAUUAUGUCAGGAUAUGGAUACCGGGGAAACAUAGGUGGAAACAUUCAUUCUUGAAGUGGAGGUGAAACAUUCACUCCAUCCAGUUCAAUGUUGUUAAGCUUUACAUUUAUGUAAGUUUUCGAAAGAUACUGACAUCAUUUCAACUAAUUGCUUUAAAAAGAAAAAAAAAACAUCUUGACCUCAACUACUGUUUAUUAUGUUUGCUUUGUACAUGCCAAAAUUUGUUGCAGACUUAAUGUCAUUGUUUGUUGAGAUUUUAUGUGUAGUAAUGUAAUAGUUUGUCAUUCCAGAAACUUUUAUAACUGAAACAUUUUAAGUUCUGGGAGGAAAUAAAAUAUCCUAUUCUGAUCCUA